AUGAAACGAUCGAAAUCAGAAGAAUCUCAUCCGACUCCAAGUCGAUCUGAUGAUCGUUUUUUUGUUUGUGCUUGCGUAAUAUUACCAUUUCUUGCUGAAGCAGCUUAUAUAUUUGAUGCUUUUUAUUAUCAUAGUUCUGCUAACUCCGCUAGUGGUUAUGAAGGUUUACUUUCAUCAAUUUUAAGUGUUUUUAUUUAUUUACAAUAUUGUGCACCACUUCGAUCACGUUAUAUACGUUUUUUUUAUCAUUUAAGUUUAUGGAUAUUAACUGAAGUUGGGACAUUAGCACAUAUAGUAUAUUAUGUUAAAAAAAAUGAUGCAUUACAUAUAAUUUUGUAUACUGUGUGGGCAACGGUAGAUACAAUCUAUUUUAUUUGCCUUAUUUGUUGUCGAGUAUUUUAUAAACAUCGUGGUCUUCAUGUUCAUGUACCAAUUGAACAAGAACAUUUAUUUCAUUUUAUGUCACGUUUAGAAGUUAUUCUUGCUUUAUUUAUUCCAGUUUUUUUCGAUAUACAUCUUACAACAUUAACAAGAGAUAAUAUUGCUUUUUAUAUAUUAUUUGAUUUUUUUGCUGAAUCAUAUCAUCGUUUUCGUGGUGCAGCUAUUAAAGCAACAUUAUACAUAUUUGUUGUUGUAGUAACAGCAUCUGUUGCAACAGAAUGGUUAUAUAUUGCAAAACAUGAACAUAAAUUUGAAAUAGCAUCAGUAAUAACUGAAAUUGUUGCUGCCUGUUUUUGUUAUUUAUUUAUUGUUAUGCAGUUUUUUCCGGGUAAUUUUAUUUUUAAAAAAAACCGAAAAUAUCGUCAUAGAGCAAGAACAAUAUCAACAGCAACAACAUCAGCAUUUAGACCAGCACGUGUUUCUACUGCUCGUACGGAUGAUAUGAUUUCGUAUGGUUUUGAUUCUGAGAGACAUAUUUCUACUGCUCGUACGGAUGAUAUGAUUUCGUGUGGUUUUGAUUCUGACAGACACAUUUCUACUGCUUGUACGGAUGAUAUGAUUUCAGAUGAUUAUGAUCCUGACAGACAUGUUUCAUAUUUUUAA